AGGGGCCACUCGUCUAUUCGCCGCCAACGCGUCCGCACGCGCGCCAUGUUGUAAGCUUGUGUUCUGUGCACGAGAAAAAUGUCAAAAUACAAGUUUUUAAUUGUUCUUCUAUUCUCUGUGGUCCUGGUUGCUGUGUCCGCCCUCCCCAGUCCGACAACAGAAGAGGAUGAUGACGAGGACGACACUACCCCAAGCCGUGCUGACGCUGAUGAUGAUGGAAGGGUUUACAAGAACCCUCGCAACUCGCCGUCCGCUCUGUGCCCUAGGGAUGAGGAGCAGGCAACUCUGCUGGGGCAGAAAUGUCUUCGCAAAUGCUCAUCAGAUGAAGACUGUAAGAGCAAGAAGAAGAAGUGUUUGUGUGACGGCGCGUGUGGCAUGUCCUGUAUUAAGCCAGACCGUGAGUGUCCGGAGUUAGAACAACCGGAAAUAGGGACGGUGACGCUAUCAGGACGACUCUUUGGAGACAAGGCGGUGUAUUCGUGCCCCAGCGGCUACCACGUAGUUGGUCUGCAGAGUAGGAAUUGUCAAGCCGACGGGAAAUGGGCGGGACAGCCUCCCGCUUGUAAGGAGAAUAUCUAUUGUCUCCAACCACCAACGAUUCCUCACGCCCGUCACUCAGCACUGCCAGAGCAGGCAACCUUCGACCUGGACGCGACUGUUCAGUACAAUUGUCAUACUGGCUACGUCACCAACGGCUUUCCUAGAGCUAAAUGCCUGGCUAUUGACAGACAGGCAUCAUGGUAUGGACCGGAUAUUACUUGUGAACCCCGUUCUUGCGGUGAGCCUGGUGAAGUGCCCCAUGGUUGGGUAACAGCCGACUGUCACACGUUCGGGUGUCGCGCUGUGGUGCAGUGUGGUCAGGGCUUUGAGCUCGUUGGAAAGGCGGAGCGUUACUGCCAAGCUGACGGAGCUUGGGCCCCGAAGGAGCUUCCUACGUGUGUUCUGGUCACGCAGGUCCAGUGUCCUCCCCCUGAGGCUCCGAGGCAUGGAAAGGCUGUGUACACCUCUUGCGCUUAUAACUCGGUGGUAUCUUAUGAAUGCAAGUAUGGAUACCGACUUGUUGGAGACGCUACGCGGCGUUGCGGCGCUGAUAAGAAAUGGUCGGGAACGCAGCCUCUAUGCAAAGAAAUUAAUUGCGGUCAUCCCGGUCAGCUAUGGAACGGGUGGUUGGAGAAUAUAUCGUCGGGGACCGGUCUGGGGGCUUCCAUUAUCUUCAGAUGUCAGGAUGGAAUGAGGAUGGAAGGCAAUGGUUCUGCGAUAUGUCAGAGCGAUGGUACUUGGAGUCAUCCGUUGCCAAUGUGCUUGGCUCCCUGCGUAGUGCCGCAUGUCUCUCAGGGUAGCGUCGUGCUGAAGGAAAAUAAAACAAGUGCAAACGACACUCAGGAGCAUACACAGAUAGUUCGUAGCUCUACUAUGGUCCAACAUGGUGAAAUAAUCGUAGUAGAGUGCGAGAAAGACUACGAGUUUCCGUCUACUAACGCUGCGAUCACCUGUAACAAUGGAACUUGGACGCAGAUACCACGUUGUCAACCAGCCAGGUGCAAGAAAAUGCCAAAAUUUCCCAGAAAUGGUAUGGUGAUAGCUCCAAAAACUGAACACGGUAUGAAGGCUCGAUUCAGGUGUAAGGAUGGAUAUGAGUUGAAGGGAAAUCCCAUUGUUGUCUGUUCGUUUGGGACUUGGAGCGGAGAGACGCCCAAAUGUGAAGAGUUGUUCUGCCCGUUUCCGGGUUACAUAGAGAACGGAAAAGUACUUCUGGUUGGUAACAUGGGAUUGUACGACUAUCGUCCAUAUGUGAAAAAGGUGGUCAACAACAAGCAGAUAAUGUAUGAGUGUGACCGAGGUUAUGUGCUAUCUGAAGGUGCUCCUGGCGCCACCUGUGUGGGUGGACAUUGGAGCCCUAGAGAAUUACCAUAUUGUACACUGUAUAAACAUCCACGUAUUCGUUGGAGUCGAAGACGCAGAUCUAUCACUGACACUGAAGUACGUCACAGACGGUCAGCCUACCUCAGGCAGUACUAUAACAACCUUCGCAAGAGUCUCGACACCUCACAUGAAAACUUAGAUCAGUUAUACGAAAAAUACAAUCAUGACACUGAAAAACCGACGCUACGACAUGCGAAUUUCAAAAUGAUGAAGAAGUUUGAUUUAGACUUUGACGAAGAUAUGCUGGAGCCUCAAGGACCUGAUGAUGGAAACCUUCCAACAGCCAUCUACACUGUUUAUAAUGUUCACGGCGAACCAAUAGCACAUAAGUUCUACUCCUACCAACCGGUUUACGAGCCUGAAGAAGACGAAAUUGUACACGACGAAACACCAGACUACGGUGAUUCUAUGGAAACCGAUGAUUCUCAACUAACUAUUCUUAAAGGGGGUUCUUUCCCUGAUCAUGAAGACACAAGUAAUGAAAUUUCAGAAAAUAUAAAUAAACUCAAACAUCAAUAUUUCGAAAGAUAUGUAGAUAGACGACGCAAGAGAUUUUUGAAUGUUACUGACUCACCCGAUCAUAGUAUUGAAAUUGAAUCAGGCACGGAACUUAAGACUAGGGAGAAACGAAAUGUCAAUUAUGAAGAACAUGAUACGCAAAGUUAUGUGAAACCUACGCAAGAGGUAUCUAGUGAAAUAUCUGAUUCUUUUCUGAAAGUAAUUCCAUUACAGACUCAAGCGAUCUCGCCUAAUGAUAUGAAAGGAGUUAGAGUAAUACCAUUGCAGCAUAAGAGUACGAAUUCCACGGAGUUUCUUAAUAUUUUGGAUAAACGAGAUAAGAGAACAAGUCGGAAAACAGAUAGACUUAAUCAGACCACAGCGACAGUGCCUAAAACUGGACGAGAUGGCAAGGGCGGAAGAAAUCGUCAGGCAGGAUCUGAGAGUAAGUCAACUGAAGACGAUGCCACAAUCGAAACCAAAGAAAGUGAAGGAAAUCAGAAUGGCAAUGAGAAAAAUGGUAAAAAAGGGCGUCCUAAAAGUCCCUGUGACCCAAUAGAGAGUGAACCGUAUGUUAAUAUAGAGAUAGUCAAGUAUGGACGAGACCCUAACAAUACAUUUAGUUCUGGUACAAUCGUAAGAGUGGCAUGUGGAAAGGGCUAUGGGCUGAACCUUGAGGCGAAUGCAACUGCUAAAUGUGUUAGAGGGAGAUGGAAGCCGGAAAAGCCUGUGUGUGAAGUUCUACCAUGCCACGUGCCCCCCACUGAGUAUGGAAUCUAUACUAUGUCUCCAAACGGGAACCUGGGCAGUCUUAUCGCCGGCACCAAUAGAGAUGACGACAGAGAGCUCAAUGAAACAGAUCCAGUUCCUAAUGGACAAAUAAUACAUUUCUCCUGUGAAUAUGGAUAUAACGUACAAGGACCGACGAACUUACGUUGUUGGCUUGGUGAAUGGGCAGUUACCAGUAUGCCUGAAUGUGUGCCAGCGCCAUGCGAACUGCCCCUACUAACGGGCGCGACAUACGAGGCUGGUUAUCGCGCAGGUCUAACAGUUGCGCACGCGUCAUCUGUUGGCAUAUCCUGCGAGCCUGGACGUUCACCACCCGCAACACUCAACUGCCAUCUGGGCAGACUACAGCCAUCUGUUCAUGAGUUUUGUAGACCGCAGUUAAAUGUGACACGACCCUGGAUAAAAUCAAAUUUCCAAAGUGGCUCUGAUAUUGUGAGAGGAGAUAUUUCAGAGUUGGAACCCGAUUUGCAAGAAGGGGCAAUACCCUGCGCCCCACCCGAGAGACUGAAGGGAACACAGGCGUUCAGGGAUGCGAUGCCCUGGGUGCAAGGCACUUUGAUAUAUAGAGAUGGCUCUGACGUAAAUGAGACAUAUGAUAUCACGGAUACGUACCCUCAUGGUGUGAAAAUAACAUUUAGUUGCAUCGCAUCUAUAAUGGGCGAAAAAACCACAUGGAAAAUUAUAUGCGAAAAUGGAAAUUGGGUUGGAAAGAGUUUUAAUUGUGACGAAUUAGACGCUCAAAGCGAAGAACUAAUAAGCAACAACACGUGCACUUUCCGUAAUGAAGAACCUCAUGUGGUGUCAUUCUUUAAUGAUCUGCAGAUAACUGAAACUGUUGAGUUUCCGCCCGGUGCUAUUAUUGUAUCUAGAUGCAGUGACAUUGGGAAGUAUGCCUUGACAGGAUCGCAGACCAGACGUUGUAUUGGCGGGUCAUGGGAUGGAAUCAAACCUACUUGCUUUGGGCUUAAUCAAGAAAAUGACUAUGCUAUGGAAAAGCCCCCAACAAUACUUUUCCGUCAUUCAAACGGACCCAUAGCUCAGACAAAUGAUGGGAAGCUGUUGGUGUACCCGGGAACUGUGCUACACAUGGAGUGUCUGUGGAUGAGGAGGUUUGGAAACCCCAAAUGGAAUGUGACUCACUUUAUCCCCGAUUCAGAGAGGAAAUACACCGAGGGCUGGAGCACAGACCCAGGUCGAGAUAGUCAGCUGGAAUACCGUAUAAGCAUCAUGAACGCGGAGAAGGAGGACUCGGGCAUAUACCGGUGCGAGACACCUGCGAGACAGAGUCAUCAGGUCGAGAUCAUCGUGGAAGAUGUUCACUGUCCACCUCUACCCAUACGAAGAGGUUUAGUUCCAAGCAGCCUCGACACUCAGCUGGGCAGUGAGAUCACCUUCUCCUGCGCGAAUGGGAAUGCUCUACUUGGAGCUUCUACCUUGUUCUGUCGUGCUUCGGGCAAUUGGAGUGCACCUUUACCUGUUUGUGAAACCUCUAAUAGCAGAGUUCGCAAGCCAGAUUUUGGCUACAACAUGAAACGCGUUCGUCAGGAGGAAAGAACUAUUUCCAAAUAUCGGGGUGUAGAAUGUGGUGAUGUGGUCCACGACACUCCAAUAAAUGAUGGGGAAAGAAGACCUAGGGUGGCGGUGGUAUCUCGAGGCGUUGGGGGUCGGGCAGCAUUCUCAUGUCCCCCUGGCUGGGCACUUAAAGGACCAACUGAGACCGUGUGCCUACCUGCUGCAGAUUGGGCUAAACCUUUCCCGGUUUGUCGAGAGGUAUCCUGCCCAGCCCUUCCACCCCCUGCAUCAGGAUACGUCCUAGGUCGGGCUCCAUACCGCGCUGGUGAUGUCCUGCAAUUCCACUGCAAUCCAGAACACACCCUGCACGGCAGACCCAUCCUGGUGUGCCAGGACAGCGGCAGGUGGAGUGACAAGCCCCCCACUUGUAAGUAUAACGACAGUGCUCAAGCGUGCACGUAUCCGGGAACGACAAUAUCCGGUCGAAUGUCAUCUGUCAAGUUCUACUAUAAGAUCGGGGAAACUGUCUCCUUUACGUGUGAACCUGGAUAUAGAAUCAAGGGAGCGCCAAUGUUAAGAUGCCUGAAAAAUAGGAAAUGGUCCAACGCCAUCCCACUCUGCACACCAAUAUCAAACUUCACAUCGUCAGAUUCCAUAGCUAUGUUGAACAGUGACAUUGACGCAAUGCUGUCAGAUGGCGCCAUCUUGACCACAGACAUAUCUAAAAUCGAAACGCCCGCCAUUUUGUCCCCACAGAGUCUCAAAGCCGCCAUGACACGAGUAGCUGCGACAAGGCUUUUACGUAGAGCACCGAUAGAAACUGUUAAAAAUAGAAUUUAUAGGGUAAACCGAAUUCUACGGAGGGAUACGGGAAGAUAAUUAUUAUUUCUGAGUAAUUUUAUUUAAACAAGACCGGUUAUUGCCAAGUAUUUUUAAGUUUCAAAACAUCUUUACAAAAAUACAUACGGGGAAUAAGAAAAGGAGCAAAAUUUCUUCAGGGUUAUCUUAGCCUGUACAUUCGGUUAAGGCAAACGCUAAACAAACAAAAUUUUAAACCAUGAUUAAACUAUCCGAACGAACUAAUAAAAAAAAAAUCUUCGUUGAUAAAAGUAACAGUGUACCCCCAAGCCCCAAUUGUAACGGCCAGUUUCACAUGAUAUGGUGUUUUAAGUAAAUUAUAUAAUCGCUUUUUAAUAUUAAACUUUUUGUAUAAAGAAGUCCUAAAACACAAAUUUAUCAUCAAUUUAUACUUUAUUCAAAACCACUCAAUGCGUCGUCCAACGAAUUAAUCAUGAAAUUACAAGUUCUACUGAUUCCUACAAAUCAAUAAUAUUAUUGUUAUUAUAAUAUUUAGUCAGAAAUUACUUAUUUAAAAUAUAUUUAUUAAAUUAAAUAGAUUUUAUUUUUCGUAGCGCUUUGAAAAACGUUUAAAGGUUAAAAAGGUUUACGAUUAAUAAUUACAGCAUUUUGACUGAAGUACUUGUAUCUAUGGUCACAUUAAAAAAACCAUAUUUGCUAUACGCGGUUUUUUAAUUAACUAUUUAAAUAUUUAGCGAUCUUUUCGUAACAAUUAAAAUGUAUAUAAGCCAAAGAAAUAGAAUAGGUCAUAUCAAUUAUUACUGUACUUAAUAAUUUAUAUUCCUAUACAAUUUUAAUAAGUAAAUUGUAGUUAUAAGUAGACGUAGACAAUCAAAGAAUAAAAAUAUUUAAUUUUUUAUAUUAAUAUUUAUUUAAAAAUAGUGAUUUGCUCAAAUUUAAACUUUUAUAUUGUAUAUAACUCGGCUCAAUAUAAUUUCUAGAAUCUUCCAUCAUUACUAAUUACAAUAAAAAAGAUAGUAUUAAUAAGAGUAUCGUAACGUUCAAGAAUUUUCCUAGUGACAAAUACUGUAUUUAUAGUAAAGAUUUUCUUUUAUCUAUGUAAAUAGCCUGAACGCACAAACGUCAAAUUUUACGUCAGUUUUAAUUUCGAAAAAAAAAUUGUGCAUUCUAUUUUUUGUUUUUAAAGUAAAGAUAUGUACUUGAAUUGAGAUUGAGCGAGCAAGUACGGAAAAUCAACUGUUAAAUACUUAAAAUUGUCGGAGGUAAUUUUUUCUUAUAUUAAAUCUGAUGUAUGAGAUUUAAUCUCAAUUUUAGCGUAAAAGGCAUAUCACUAUACUUAUUUAUAUUCAGGUAUCUGGCAAGAUAUUUUUUCUUGUUAGUAUAACUAAUUAUUGUACUAAAUAUUGUGAAUAAAUAAUUAAGAA